AUGGGUGGUUGUUUAAGCAAGAAGAGCACCAAUGCUUCUUCUCCUAAUGCACUUCUAAACCCACCUGAAGAAGUUAAAUCUGAUACCCAAGUGGAGAAGAAAAAUGCAGAAGAAGAAACUGUAAAGAAAGAGAUUUUUAUCAUAAAACACAGGAAGAGCCAUGAAAUCGAAAGGCGGUUUGAAGAUGAAGAAAGCAAAGCCAAGAAUGGCUUAGCCGGAGUUCAUCUACAGGGAAGGCUGCAAUUUUGGGUUUCGUUGGAUCGUCUGAAAAUGGGACAACGUACUGAUGAUAAAAAUGUUGUUAAUGGUGAUGAUGAUGGAAUGGUAGGAGAGAGAGAGAGCUGCCAUAGACGCCAGUGCAGCCAGGCCACGGAGGCUGGGUCCUCAUCUCAGGGUAGAGGAGGAGACGAACGUCGAGUAGAGAAAGGAACCAAGCGGAGCAGAAGCCACAGUCGGGCAAUAGAGAAAGAGAUGACAGUGGCAGUGGUGGAAGAAGGGUCAGUGGUGGAAGGAGGAGCAGAAGCCACGAUCAGGCAGUGGAGAAAGCCACAGUCGUGUACUAUUUGA